AUGAAAGAAGAAUGGAGAAACAUCAGAUCCAACAAAGGCUAUAGCUCGCUGGAAGAAUACGAUUUCACUUGGGACGUCGAAGCCGCAGUGUACAGGCUGAUCGAACCUGCUCCCGUUGGCUAUUUGAGCACAACAGCUCUAGAGCUACUUCAUUGCUACGGAGGAUUCUCAUCAAACGUGGCACCCUUUACCGAAUCAGAUCCAAGAGUUUACGUGCAAUGUGUUGGUUCCGUUUUCCUCAGCACCCUGCGAUGGCUACUAUGCGAACCUUGGGAUACGCAGCAGCAAACGCCCAAUCGAGGCAGCUCCGCCGAAUUUGAUCAGACAGAUAGUCCAGUCCAGAAACGUUUACAGACCGUGUUCGUCCAACCUUGCAAAAAAGGCAACGGAUACGACGAUCCUAUCUGCCUGUCUGACGGCGAAGACAAAGAAGAGUCCCCGGUAUCGUCCAUGCAGAAGGCGAACAACUAUCUCCAUCCCGAGGCUGGUCAGGCUGGCAAAAGCGUACCGAGUCAGGCUCAAGCCGGCACCAGUCACUUAGUGCAUGCUGCCACGGCAAGUACGCGCGAAACGGAACCGAGUCCACUAAACCAAGGCGGACCGUCCCGUCCUCAUCUGAACAAGAGACCGAGUUCCCUUGGUCAAGGAGGUAAAAGAAGUCGAGGCCCGUCAGGAGCAGAAACGGCAGACGAAAGACGCCUGCGACCACGGCGGAAGAGCUUGAAAGCCUACAACGACAGAUGCAGUUGCAAUGGCAAGUCAGCGUCUCGCUUACGGGUUGCUCUUACUGACAUUAGAAUCUCGCGCGGAGAGUUCACAGAUCCCGAAAGCCUAGUGGUCAGGUCGACUGGUGAGAAGGGCAAUGGCCUUUUUACCGUCCAAGAUAUCACCAGGGACCAGCUGGUCAUAGAAUAUACCGGCGACCGACUCCCCCUCGGCUCGCAGCUGGCUGACAAUGAAGACAAGCGGUACCUCUUCCAAUGCGGCGAUAUUUUGAUCAACGGCAACAAACAAGGCAACGAGUCGAGGUACCUGAAUCAUUCAUGUCAACCCAACCUUGAAUCACAGCUGUGGACGGUCAAUGGGGAGAAACGUGUCGUCUUCGUCUCGACAAAAGACAUCGAAAAGGGUAGCGAGCUGACGUUCUCCUACAAUCGAGCCGGUGAAGAAAAAUGUUCUUGUCAAGCAAAAAAGUGCUCGGGUAGUCUCAGAGGGUGGCAAGCUGCAGAGAAAAGGAGGUAG